AGAAGGAGAGAGGAAGCAAGUGGAGGAAAGACGAGGAGAAAAGGAGCUCAAUCACACUUUGAGGAGGAUUACAAACUUCUGCAAGCAACAGACAGCGAUAUGGCUGCCAGCAGGGACCGUGCUAUCCCCAUGAUGAUCGUUUGCCUGGUUCUCAUCAGAGGCUCCCAAUCUGCAGGGAAGAUUCCCAUGAGACAUCUGACCGAGGCCUUGGUGCUCAACACAGGAGAUUAUGACGACUAUACUGCCACGGUGCCCAGUGUAGUGACUACACAUAGGGGGACCAAAGAGCGAUGUGAUUACGAUCCCUGUCGUGAGAAUCAGGUCCCCUGUGCUAAUCUAUCACUCUCCACCCACUGCUUGUGUCCUGGCUCCACUUUGCAUAAUCAGGUUCCAGAUGCUCCACAGCUGAAGUCAGUGUCCUGGAACGGGACGGAGGUUGUAGUUCAGUGGUGUGCACCUUAUUCACAUGUUACACGUUAUGUUGUGACAGUAGGGGGGGAAGAGAGGCGGACGUUCAGGGAGGACCAGAGGAGCGGUGGAGUGGGUGAAGUGGAGCACAUCACAGAGGUUUGUGUGUUUGCAGUGAAUGAUGCUGGAGAUAAAGAGUCCUGUUUGAUGUACCAGCCCAGGGCCAGCAGCCUGCCUCUGACAGCAGGACUCAUCGGAGGAGCUCUGGGCUUCCUGUUGCUCCUCUUGCUGGCCGUCCUGCUCUGUCGGCACAGGAGGCAAAGGAAGCAGGAGGCCAGCAUCUCUAUGCACAACGCAGUGGAGACACAGUGA